UCAACUUCUCGAUCGCCGAUCGGCCGUUCGGCAAACGCGCAGGCAAACGCGUGACAGUGCCCGUGUGGCUGUGCAAUCCAUUGCGGCGAACUUCAGCGGAAGCUCGAUAUGCUGUAUGGAAUCUGCAAGGAAUAUGUGCAUACGGUCGGCCGAACGGAGAACGACUGUUUUUUGUCAAGGAAGCUUUGGUCUUGUGCAGCAGCGCCGCACCCCGCAAGUCGCCUUGUUGGAUAUCACCGUACGCUGCCAGCUCGUACGAUGUCGAGAUGGCUGGGAAUUCCACGGCUCUCAGCGCGUGACUUGCCCGUCGUGGAAGAGCUUUCCGCGGGUGGAAUGAAGCAAAAAUGGAGGCUCACCGUAGUAAGCUGUGUAAGCGCAUUCACCGAAACGUAAGGAAACGCAACUCGUGAAAAUGUCCUUUUCCCCAAGACUCGCAAUUGCAACACAUUGCGUCAAGCCACGUCUUGCGCGCUGCAGGCUAUCCCCACAACCGUUGCGAACCUUCUCCACAACAACCCCACAGCUCAGUUCACACCCCUCACCAACUGCGAGCGCCACUCCAUCAUCCCGCAAGAAAGUAACAAUUGGAACGCUCAACAAGCUAUGGCGGCAAGGGACACCUAUCACUAUGUUGACGGCGUACGAUUACCCGUCGGCGUUACUGGCCGACCGCGCGGGAAUGGAGACGGUGUUGGUGGGGGAUAGUUUGGCGAUGGUGGCGUUGGGGUAUGAGAAUACGAACCGGAUUACGCUGGACGAAAUGCUCCACCACUGCCGCGCCGUCUCCCGCGGCUCCCGCCACGCCUUCCUCAUCGGCGACCUCCCCUUCGGCACCUACGAAACCUCCCCCUCCCAAGCCAUCACCUCCGCCACCCGCAUGAUCCGCGAAGGCCGCAUGGAAGCCGUGAAGCUCGAAGGCGGCACCGAGAUGCAAGAUACCAUCUCCAGCCUCACCCGCGUCGGUAUUUCCGUUCUCGGUCACGUUGGGUUGACACCCCAACGUGCGACGUCGUUGGGUGGGUUUCGCGUGCAGGGGAAGACGGCCGCCGGAGCUGUGAGGUUGUUGAAGGAUGCGUUGGCUGUACAGGAAGCGGGCGCGUUUGCGGUCGUGAUCGAGGCCGUACCCGAGCUCGUCGCGACGGAACUCACGAAGCGGUUGAAGAUACCGACCAUCGGUAUCGGGGCAGGGAGCGGGUGCUCGGGGCAGGUGUUGGUUGGUAUGGACAUGUUGGGCGUGUACGAUAAGCUGCAGCCAAAGUUCUGCAAGACGUAUGCGGAGGUUGGGAAGAUUACGGUCGAUGCGUACAGGGCUUUUGGGGAGGAAGUGAAGCAUAGGACGUUUCCGGUUUCGGAGGUGCAUACCUACCCGAUGGGGAAGGAGGAGGAAGCCAAGUUUUUGGAGGCUAUUAAGAACUUGUGAUGGGUGAGGCUGGUAUAGCACGGAUAGGCAGAUUUACCCAUAGCCGCACGUAGGAUACAUAGUGUAUAGAUCUUUCGAAGACAUGCAGAACACGAACUA